CUUUUCUGUCAGUCUGCAGUUGAACGUGUAACGUGAAAGUUUUAAGAUAUUUUUUACAAGUGUGGAGGAAAAAGUAGCGAAGAGAUAAGUGAAAACUACCCUCGAGUGGUAAAAAAAAAUAAUAUAAUGUUUUUACUAAUUUUUUAUAAAAUAUUUUUAUAAAUGCGAAAUAAAAAUAUUAAAUUUUUCACGUAAAAUAUACAACAAAUAAACCUAAAAACUUAAAUAAAUAGUGCAUAAAUUAUUGGAAGACCGCUUGUGUGUUGUUUUGUAUAUCGUCGCACACAGCUAAUGAAGAGAUUGCCAAAAACGCCUACGCAAUCGUCAAGUUAAUUUCAUUUCCACCGGACGUCUGCUGGCAAUUAUUGCAGAAAAAAAAAAAUAAAAAAAAACAAAACAAAAAAUCAAAAAAAUAUUAAUUGAAAAUAUUAGCGGUGAAUUUUAUGAGAUUCUUCAUUGAACAAACAAACAUAUUUGCGUUAUUUGCUGCAUAAUUUUGUAGACAGCAAGUGGCGUUGUAAACAAUUUUGCUGUAGUGACGUUGGAGAAUUCAAAAAUUUUAUUGCCAGUAUUUAUGAGAAAUUAACAGCUGUUAACUGCUUGCAGUGAGGGCAUAAAUACAAAGUGUGCUGGAAAACCGACGAAAAAAAUUUGAAAACACAAAAAUAGAGACUAACUAAAAAUAUUGAAACCACCUCAAGAUACAAAAAAAAAACGUAAAAAUGGGUUGUGCUACUACCACCGUAAAAAUAUCUUCAAUUCUCUUCAAUACCCUUUUGGCGCUUUUUGCCAUUGCCGCCAUUGUAUUGAUCGCCGUUUAUCCUGGGGCAGUACCAGAUGACUGGGAUACAGCGGCCUUUAUCAUAUUUGGAUUGGUCAUUUUAUUCGCUAUCAUCGGUUGCGUGGCGGCGUUGCGCGAGUCUAUCUGCCUCACUGUGACAUGCGCUGUUUUCUUGUUGCUGCUAGCUAUUCUACAAAUCGCUGUCACCAUUAUCAUUCUUAAUGACCGUCAAACGCAAAGUGGCAUUGCCAUAGUGGAAGAUGCUUGGGAUCACGACAAGAUCGAGGCCUUGCAAGCGAAAUAUGAAUGUUGCGGCAAAGAUAGUUCACAAGAUUACAUUUUGCUGAAUCGUCAAAUACCGCUCAGCUGCUAUGAGGAUCAAACUGAGGAUGCCAAUAAAAUGUACACCGAAGGUUGCAGCGCCAAAUUGCAGCGAUACUAUGACAGUGAGACAGCGAGUAUUGCCACUGUCUCGUGGGUGGUUACGGCUCUUGAGAUACUCGGCUUCUUAUUAGCCGUCUUUUUAGUCAUCAAUUUCCGUAACAAACAGCGUCGUAUGCAGUUCUAGAGCUGCAUUGUUGGCCGUCGUUCAGUACAAAUUUAUGCUUAACGUCUCGAAUAAUGUUGAAUGCUAUGCUGCGGAAAAAAAUACUCGUACUCUGUCUGCUUGAUGUAGUAGUUAUUCAUGGAACAUACCUUUUCAUUUGUGCAAUUAUUGUAAUUUAUUUGUUGUAUAUGUAUUUAUUAUGUCUAUUUGAUAUUUACUGAAGUCACCGCAGCGAAGCGUAAUCGAUUAAAGUCAAAGUGAGUUUAAGA